CGGCAGGACGGCAAUUAUGACGAUCCGCAAAGAAUCCGACGGCGAGGCAGGAAAAGAAUUUGCGCUUCCAAGAAGGGCCUCUGAAGAUGCCGCCUCUAUGCACAGCACGAAACCUAAUCCCGCUAUGUCGUGCGAUCUGACGACUCGCCGUCGAGUUUUCUAUCGAGGCAGGCUCAGAUCUGCCGAGUCCGAAGACAUGUCAAGAAAGCUCGAUAAUCACAUGCCGCUACAUUAUUGUGAGCCAUACAGAAUCUCUUGCGAUGUCAGGCCGUGUCUGGAUUCUCGUUCACUCACUCCCUCACUCUCUUUCUCUCUCUCUCUCUCUCAGAGUCAUGUAGGUUAUCGAAUAUGAAUGAGGUAGACCUUCUGAGAGGCAGGCAGGCGUUCGUUCGUUUUGUGCAGGUACUCGAGAGGGUUGCAGAAAUCCUUUUACACAUUCCCAAAUUGCCGAUUUCUUUCUGCUUUUGUCUGAAUCCACUUUCUCCGACCUCUGCAUGGAAAACAAAGCAUAUUUUAUCCGGUGUCAGCUCGACUUCUUGCUCUGAGUAAUCCAGAUUCUGCACAUGCGUGACAUGACGGGAAAAACAUGUUCAGAGCCCUCAGACUUGUCAUGUUCGACACCCGUAUUCCUCGUAGGUUUCACACGUUAUGUGACUGAUUCAUGAUCGAUGGACUACUACUCCACCUCCUCCUCCUCCUCUGGUAGUCUGGACAGUUCAGCUUUCAAAUACAAGACUGCCGUCGUACGUGCUACGUAGAGAAGCAGCAGCAGCUUUGAGAGGACUGCCAAUUAUGGCAGUCCCAUGACAUAGGGACAUUUGUGUAGUCUCAGCUCUGGAGUCUGCAAACUGAAGACUCAUGGACCCGGUAUGAUUCGUAGGAGGGACAGCACAAGUAUCAGAGACCUCCUGCACAUCAUAGGUCCGGCGAUCAUUAUGUAUCAUGUAGUUUCUAGGCACAUAUGAGAACGAACUUCGAGGAUCUCGACAAAGAAGUCAACAAGAGGAAGAGAACAGGAUGCAAAGAACAAAGAUGAAAGAUAACCCUGAACUUGACUGAGGUACGACAUCGCCGAGCUUGCCCCAUAUUCUCCACCCUCUUGAAAGUAGGUAAUCUAGCACAUAUGCCUGUGAAUCUUUCUUGGGCGCUCAUCGAUGAUUUCAUCUACACCAUCUAGCGAGUAGUAGAUGAUCCAUGAUAAUCUGUACUGUGCGUGGUCGUCCUGUCCCAAACACUGUCCCUGAAGAAUAUUUCAGUCGGAUCUUUGGGGGAAAAAAACAAAUGCAAGCGAACUCAUCAAUUUUUUGGAUCAUGUCACU